AUGGUGAUCCGCCGAAGCACUGAGCGGUCUAACGACUGGCUAAAGCCCGUUGACGAUGAUGAAGACGAUUGCUUCCUUGGCGUGGCAGAAGAUGGAGAUGCAGAAUCAAAAGGAAUUCUCGAUGAAGGGAACCGGUCGACGCUCAACUUAACAACGGCUGAGCUUCCCGUGUAUAUGACAAUUCACCGAGUCCGGCGUUUAGUCCUUGCGAGCAUUGCUAACGAGACACAAGAUGACCCUUAUACUAUGGAACACUUCAGAGAUCCAAAGAUGAAUGCUCUCGUUGUAAGACCUUUGGUAGAAAGACUCUAUAACCCAGAUGAUAUUUCAGUUGUCUACUGUCUAUUAGCAAACCGUGUCUCUUUCUUGAGAGACCAGUCCACAGAAGUCCAUCAGAGUGUCAAUCAAGCUCGUGCGAUCCUGUGUGAGCUACUGGCCAGCCGAGUACUCCGCCGCUUCCACGAGGAUAACCCAGGUCCCCAAGGUCUUUUGUUGCUAUCGCACAUCCUCGUUGAGGGCUUUGAUCCGUUCCAAGGUGCCCCCAGUCACAUGGAGCGGCCAGCGAAUCGACCUCAAUGGCCUGGAAGCUCUCAGGAAAAUCUCGGGUCAGAGAGAAAACUUACAGCCUUGGAGUUGGCCAUUGUAUCCGAAAGCAAGUUCUUUAUUAGCUCCGCCGCCUGCCAGCGAGCUGUUGAUGCUGUGCACAAUGGACAGAUCAUCUACACGCCACUUUCCUUCAUGGACUUCCUGCCGGACUACUACAAGCGACGGCCUAUUUCUCUUUACGAUCCUCGAACGGCGCCUCUUCUUAACCACCAUCGCCUCAUUGUUCCUCGUAACCGAAACCUGAUCGAGCUCGUUCAUUUCGUUAUCCUUCUUGUUUUGUAUGUCAUGACUAUGGUCUCUCGUCAUUCCGAGGUCAACAUGUGGGAAUUUGCCUUCUGUAUCUACACCUUUGGCUGGUUGCUUGAGAAGAUGGCUGCCAUUAUUGAGCACGGCUGGGCGGUCCACGCCCAGAACCUAUGGGCCUUUCUGGACAUUACAUUCGGUUCCAUCUUUGGCGCCUACUUCGUUCUUCGCAUCUACGAUUUCCUGCUUGACCAGCUCCAUUCCGGCUACGGACUACCGAUCUUGUGUAUUGCGGCGCCUGUCAUGUUGACUCGGGUUGCCUUCAACCUGCUGCCUAACAACCUUGUCUUCAUUUCCGUUCACGCCAUGAUGAAGGACUUUACCAUGCUGACGUUCCUCGCCACUUGGUGUUUCACCGGCUUUCUUCUCGCUUUGCAGUGGCUUGUUAGUGCUAGCAACGAUGGCGAUGAAGAGUUCAGCUGGUAUGUUGUGGGCAAGUGGAUGCUUUGGAUCUGGUUUGGUCUUGAUGGUGAAGGAAUCGAAGAGUCGGUGCGGUUCCAUAUCAUUAUUGGCCCUGCACUCAUGAUUGCCUUUGCAUUCCUCGGCAACACGCUCUUUUUGACCAUCCUUAUUGCCAUGCUCACAAACACCUUCUCCAAGAUUGUGGCCGACGAGACUGCCGAAAUCCAAUUUCGACGCGCUGUCUUGACUUUUGAAGGCGUCAAGAGCGACUCUAUUUUCGCCUAUCCGCCCCCCUUCAAUAUUUUAGCUCUCAUGACACUUCUGCCUCUGAAGCUUGUCACCUCAGCUAGGAUAUUCCACAUUGUCAACGUGGCCCUGAUUCGAACUCUCAACAUGCCUACUCUGCUUCUGAUCAGCUUUGUGGAGCGACGCCGUCUCUGGAUGCAGUCCAGACGUGCUUCUGGCAAGCGUUCUAAGUGGCAAUUCACCUCCUUGUCACCUCACAACGACGUUCAGGCGGUCUUCAAGUCUGUUCCACCAACCGAGAUCUCCGACAUUAUCGAUCAACUUGACCCAUUGGGAGAGGUUCCCAUUCUAGAGGAUGAUCUGAUGCCCACAAUGGCAGCGGAUAACCCACAGUCCAAGUUGAGACGAGUCAGGAUGUUGCAACGAGAGGGACACCGACGAACGGGAGGUAACGAAGCAUGGAGUAGCGCAAGCAGCAUACAGGAUGAGUGA